AUUGACAAUGACAAAUAAAAUAAACACGACUGCAGGCUGUAAACCGCAAAAUAUUUUUGAAACUAUUGAAUUAAUUUAAUUACCUAGUUAUUAUUUCUUUAGUACAGUGCAGUGAUAACAUAUACCAUCGACUUAAAAAGAUGAGUGGUGAUAAGAGUGUGAUACUUGUAACUGGAGGCUCGGGGCUGGUUGGGCAGGCAAUAAGAGCCGUGGUUGAAGAGGAAAAGCAAAGUGGUUCAGAUGCAUCUAAAAAUGAGACUUGGAUUUUUUGUGGGUCUAAAGAUGCAGACUUGAGGGACAAAGCUCAGACGGAGGCAUUGUUUGAGAAGCACCGGCCCACACAUGUGAUCCAUCUGGCGGCCAUGGUCGGGGGCCUGUUCCACAACAUGGCACACAAUCUCGACUUCUUUAGGGAAAACAUGGCAAUCAAUGACAAUGUCCUGAGUGCCAGCUACAAGAGUGAUGUCAAGAAGGUUGUCUCCUGUCUCUCCACCUGCAUCUUCCCAGACAAGACCACUUACCCUAUUGAUGAGACCAUGGUCCACAAUGGACCCCCGCAUUCUUCAAACUAUGGUUACAGCUAUGCAAAACGGAUGAUUGAUGUCUUGAACAGGGGCUACCACGAGCAGCACGGGCGCGUGUUCACAUCAGUGAUCCCGUGCAACGUGUUCGGGCCACACGACAACUUCUCCCUCACGUCCAGCCACGUCGUGCCCGCGUUGAUCAGGCGGAUGCAUGACGGGAUCGAUGAGCCCACGUUCACGGUGCUGGGCAGCGGCCGCCCGCUCCGCCAGUUUGUGUACUCGAGGGACCUCGCGCGGCUGUUCCUGUGGGUGCUACGAGACUACCACUCAGUGGAGCCCGUCAUACUGUCCGUUGACGAAAAAGACGAAGUGACCAUAGCCCAAAUGGCGGAAGCUAUAAAGAAAGCUCACGGCUACCAGGGAAGCAUAGUAUAUGACACCUCCAAGGCAGACGGACAAUACAAGAAGACCGCUUCCAACGCCAAACUCAGAAGCCUUUACAAAGACUUCAAGUUUACCCCCUUGGAUCAGGCCAUUCAAGAAACUGUUGAUUGGUUCAAGAGUAAUAAGGAUAAAGCUAGGUUGUAAGUGUUAAUGUUUUAGAUAUUGUUGAUAAGUAUUAUGUUAUGUAUGGUUGUUUAAUUAUAAUAUAUUAUGGAUAUUUUAUUAAAAA